CUUCAUACGUCAAGGCUGUAAAAGGUCGAUCGGGUGAUACAUUGGGCGACUGGUCGCAUUUAUAAUGAUUGACUACAGGGUCUUGUGAGCCUUCUGGUGGUCUCGUCAGCACACCAUUUGUCAUACGCUGGAUUUAUAUCGUGACGUAUUCCAUCAAACAGUGAAUAUGAUUCAGGACUCCGAACCUCAGAAGUUGCUCUCCAGCAAUGCCGAUCCUGUAAGAUCUAGUGCAAUGCAAAAGAAAAUACGGCAAAAGUAUUUUAAAAAUGAUGCUGUAAUUAAAGCUUAUAAGUGUGAUUUAAUGAGCCAGAAUAUAAAUACUCCUGUUAAGCUUUACGUUUGUCAUUCGGCCUUAAAUCUUGUCCAUCGUCCGAAGCGAAAAAUACUGACAGCACUCCUCUACAGUCAAAUCGUUGAACUUAAAGUCCAAAAUGAACACUAUGUAAAUAUACUCACCACUAGUAACGAGACGUACACUUUGGCUAACUUUGAACGAUCAGACUCAGCUAUAGCUUUUCUACGCAAUUAUUGGGAGGUCAUUUUAAAAGAGAAGUGUUUUUCUACAUCGUGUGGAAGUUCGCCAGCUAACAGAUUAUUCGUUAACAAUAAUAAUAACACUAAUGAUCCUUUAGCUCACCCAAAUGCAAUUAUAAGUGAUCUCUACAAUCGUUUGCUCAUUUCAAAAGGUUCAACUACUGUCAGUUUAACAAGUACCAGUGGUGGUGCCACAGGAAGUAUUAGCAAUAGUGAAACGGAGAGCGUUGUUGGUGUAAAAAAACAAGAAUCUUCAAUUCGUAAAUUGAGUCUGAACGUUCGUAAACCAUCUCCCAUUGGAUUCAAUCAAUUAAAUGAAGAAAUAACAAAUAAAAAUGUCGAUAUUGGAUCCAACGUUGUUACUCAACGUAAUGAUGAUUUCAAUGCUACCAGCCCAAUUGUAAACAAUCUAUAUUCCACUUCAACCCCUUCAAAUAUUCCUAUGAAACGCAAUAAUACUUCAGUUUAUCAACAUACUAAACCUUACAAUAACGAAACAGUCAAUACUAAUAAUAUUAAUAAUAGUAAUAAGUUUAAUCUUAAUAGACCGAAUGUUACCAUUUCAACCGAUUGGAAUUGGUGGCCAUUUAAUGUCCUUACCUAUCUGUUUAAUGCUUCUCCUUCACAAAGAUUUACCAUGAUGAUUGCAUAUGCCAUGAUUCCAAGUUACGGCUUACCUCAUGAUGCAGUUUGGUGAUUUCUGUAGUGUAUAUCCUAUCCACUUCCAACGUAUUUUCCUAAUUUCCUCUUCAGUUGGAAUCUGAUUUGUCGUCUCACAUAUUAGGCUGUUGCUAAUGGUAUCCGGUAUCAUCAAUAUAACAGUAGUAAUAAGUUGAAAGAUUUGUUGUUGAGAAAAUAGGGAAUUUUUUUUUCAAUUUAUAAAAGUUACCAUAAGAUUAAUUGUUUUAUGAGUGUUUGUUGAACUACUAAUCCAUCAAGGAUCUUAUUAACUGUGUGGUUGUACCACACGUUUAAGCUGUACUGUUCAUGUUAUAAAGAGACUGUAUAGUGUCUUGUUCUUCUGAAAACCAGUGUUAAAUUAUCCCCUUCCAGGGUAUAUAUAUUCAUGAAUAAUUGUUAAAUUGUUUAUAAUUUUCAUUAAUCCCGACUGUUGUUGCUACCUUGACGUGGUGGUCGGGCUUACCUAUCGUGAUGAAGCGACCGAGCUAUACUGGCCAGAACAAACGUUCUUCAAGGUCCUACCAUACUAGACAGGUCGGUUGAAGAGCGGUAAGACUAAAAGCAACAAACCCAAGGUUUGAUGGCGAAGUCGUACUGCUGACUGUACAGAGGUGUGACAGCAGUAAGGUUUUUCUUUCAGACAACCAGCAUGGCGGCGAUGCUGCCUUCCCACAAGGAGGGGGUGGGGUUGGAGAAGGUGGACGCUAAAAAUGCACACCUCGCCUAAUCCCACGGAUAUCCGUCUCCGGCGGUAAGGUCUCAACAAGUACGAAGCUAGCACGAAAAUUACUCAUAAAAAGGUCGUGUGCGACCGACCUCAAGCAGUUGUCCCUCGGGCACUGCGGUCACGCUCUCAGGUCACUAAGACCACCCCUAAUCCAAUUUUCUUUUCAGGUACCUCCAGACGAAACCUUCCACGGUGUGGGCAACCGGGAAGUGAUAACCACCCUCAUACCUCUAACAGCACUCAAGGCUGCUGUAUUCAAUUCCUUUUGUUCCUCCUUCAUAGACUGAAGUUUCACUAAUUACUGAAAAAUUUCUCUUAUCUUCCAUUUGGUAGAUAACGAGUUCCUUGAAUCUUUUUUAUAUGCUCAAUGUCAUUGUUAUGAUCUUGUGUUCCUUUGUUUAGUUGAGUAGUUUCGUUCUUUUCGAAUUAGUAAUGAAGCUGUGAAUCAGUUGUUAAUACAUUAUUUAGCUUCCAACUGUUAGGUCACGAAUUCGAAUCAUUCUUAGUCUAUUUCAGCUUCAAUAGUCCUCAUACACGAAAAAAUAUAGCUUAAAGUUCUUAAUACUUGCACACAAUAAAUGAACUCUUCAUUUGUACAAUGUUUGAUAAUCACUGAGUAAUAACAAUAAUAUCUUGUAGAUUGGUGGUUCCAAAGCCUAUUGUUUGCUACUUGAUAUAUUAAACACCACAGUAGCAUUUCUGGCUGAUACGUUGUAUGACCAAUAUUUUAGUCAAUUCACUUAGCGUUUACAUGUACUGUGGGGCAACGGCUAAAGGGCAUAAAACUCUGGAAUUCCAAUCACCUAUUUGUAACUUCAAAUCCUAUUCUAUUCACCUUUAUUUAGAGAACAGAAUGGCUAGUUGAAUAGUAUAGUUUGAUAAAAUCUCAACACGGAUACUAAAAACUCAAUUUGCGUUUACUGACUUUUAUCUUUUAUGGAAUAGUCAAGAUAUCUAUCUGCAAACCAAAGAGGAAUUAUACUGCACACCAGUUCGAUCUGGUUUACUUUAUAGUUGUCAAAUAUGGUGUAUGGAAAUAAAAUAUAUACAUAGGCUUUACGUUUUGAAUCAUGGGUGUCUUCGGAGCAUUGCUUCUGUAUCAUAGAACAAUUGAGGAAGUAAGUACAAAAAAUCGGUUGACUAAACUGUAAAUGCUCAUCGACUAAGAUGACAAUGCCUAACCAUCAUCUACUUCGAUGAUUGAUGUAAAACUAUGCUAGGAGAAUGAUAGAGGUAGUCGAACCAAGACAUGUCAUUGACCGUUUGCUUGAACCUUUAAGAUAGAUCAAACUCUAUCUAGUUAGGGUCCACAUAAUAACCACAGUCAGUAGUUGGAAACAUUGGAUGUGAUAGGUCAGAAUCGUCUACAGUCAGUCAAAUUCAUUCACUCUUUAUCUUCCUUUAAAUGUUGAUCUCCAAUGUUAUUUAUGAAUGAGUUCGUAGCCAAUGAAGAAAUUCAAAAUUUGGCUAUCAUUUAACUAAAUUAACAAUUCACUUAAUCCAAUGUUGAUUAACUCACAAAACAACUCAGUCAGUCAGUCAGUAACAACGUAGAACUUCGUACGUACGUACAUCAGUUCGAGUUGCCACCAAAACAACUACUUGUACAUGUAUGUCAGUUAUAAUCAUUUUAAUUAUUGAAGUUUCAGAUAACAAAAUAGGUGAGACUAUAAUUUAUGAAUGACUUUUAAACGACCCUAGACUGACCUUCAGAGUUUCCAUCUAAUAACUAGGACCAUAUGAAGAUUAUAAACCUGUGCCAUGAAUUCGAAUUAUGAUUUACAGUUGAUGGUUAAGAUUAGGAUUUAUAUUUAGGGUUUUCACCAUGAACUGACAUCAACUAUAAUGCCAAAAUUCUAUUUAACCAAAAUGAUGAGUGAAUUCCGCACCAAAAUCCGAGAUCUGUUAUCUUAUACCUGAUUGAUUCGUCCCAUAAAUUAUAGUCUCGCCACAAAAUGUCUAGGUAUCAUCAUCAUCAUCAUCACUUAUUAUUCUUCCAUUUAUUCUCUUAAUUUUCUUUUCUAGUUUAGGUUUUUUGUUCUUGUCAACAAUACAUCUUUAUCAUCGAUUAGCAUUAAUUGAUUUACAAACUGGUCCAGCUAUACGCCGUGCUGGAAUGAAUCAUCCAUCAUCUACAUCUACUUCAGAAUUACAUAAUUUAGAAGUACAAUUAACUCAUUUAACUCAACUUGCUUCAAAAAUGGUUGAAACACUUGGUCAUUUAACAUCAGAAUUAAAUAGUUUCGUAUUAUAUUCUAAUCCAGAGAAAUUUUCACCAGAUCAAUCAACUAUGAAUACAUGAUAUUAUUGUAUACAAGAUGUAAUUAUUAUCAUUAUCACUAUCAUUAUGUGUCUCGUAUUAUUGUUGCAUUUCAUUUCCAUAGUCUUGUUUGUUGAUUUUUCUUCCUUUGUUCCAACACUAUCAGAUCAAAACGCGCGUGCAAACACACACAGCACAUACAAGCGUAUUACAGUGUUAUCUAACAAGUUAAUAGAUACACUUGUUUUUGUAUAUAUCCUUCUUUAUUAAUGUAUUUCUUCUUUCUCUUUGUAUGUAUAGUUCAUUAUCAUUUAUCUAAACAGUAUCUACAAUUUAUCAGACUAUAUAUCUGAUCUCAUUAUUUAGAAAAGAAAAAAAAAAGAAUAAUACUCUCUAUUACUACCCCCCCCCUUUUUUUACCUAUUUUUGCUUCUCCUUCCGAAAAAUAUACACUACUACCUCUCUUUUCAAUUGUCAUUCAUGUAACUAAAAGUUCAUUGGUGUUGUUAUCACUAUCUCAUUAUUUUCUAAUGUGGUUCUAGAUUUUCAUGAUAUACUAUCAUGUGGCAAUAAUGGUAUACCACACAAUGUUUUAUUCCUUCCCUCUUCUUUGAUUUUCUCUGUCACUUUUUCCAUCUCUCUCUGUUACAUGCUAUACAUGUUGACUUUCUUAUUUCUGCCAGUAUUCUACUCUAUUUAACUUGCUUUUUAGAGAUACACAUGUUAAUUUGUUUGUCUCUUUUAAAAUCUCAUUCUGUUUUCAUUCACUUACUCUGAUCCAUGUAGUGCAUGUGUGUAUGCAUUUCUAUUUUCUUGUUCUAAUCUAGGUGUCUAUCUUCUUUCUUCUUCUCUCUUUUCUUUUCGCUUUAAUGUUUAUCCUGUCAGCUACACAUAGAUGACACUAGCGUUCCAUUUGGAUCAAUCAGCUGUUGCGAACUUCAUUCUUAUCGGAUAGUUUGUUUUCUAAAAGAUUUUUUUUAGGAUUAAUUCACUUAUUUAAUUGUUAUUCUACUUUCAUAUUCAAUCCUCUCCUUCUUUGUAUUCUCUACAACAAUAAGUCUUUCAAUAUGAAACUCUAUUACCACUUUAUUUUCACUAUUACCACUAGUACUACUACUGCUACUACUACUACUACUAAAUACUGUGUACGUUUGUGUCCCAAGUUUCUGUGUAAUAAUAAUUUUUUUGUUUGUUUACUAUCAUAAUUAUUAUUCUUGUUGAUAUUUUGUUUCUGUUCUCGUUAACUUUCUUUGUCUGAUCUCGGUAUUUCAUUUCUCCUUGUUGUUCUCUUCUUCUCCUCCUCCUCCUCCCUCACGAUCUACAACAAACUCUUUAUAUAUUUUUUGUUGUUUAACUCAUCUUUUCAGUUGAAAAAGAUGGAUUGUUGUUUUCUGUUUGUCUGCUUCUUUGCCUUUUCUGUUGUUUUUUUCAAAGGUAAAGUGUUUAUUCGUUCUUGUUACGUCUAGUUGAUCUUUUCAUUCAUGUUGACUUACAUGUUUAUUAUUAUUACAACUGAUGAUAAUAUUUGUACUGAUUACUAUUAUACAUACAUAUCUUGUAUGUAUUGUAAACAAAAUGACAAAUCUGAUUUUAUCAGUAAAUAAUAAAUUAAUUUAAAUUAUAUUGAAAUGUUAUUAUUGUCA